GGCUAAAGCUUCUUCUUUUCUUUCUCGCAGCCAUUUUGCGAAUGUCUUUCGGGCGCCAUAUCUAGAGAAGAAAUUGAGCACCUCGAAAAUGAUUAAAUUUCUGUUUGUUUCACCCUCCGUCUCCAAUAUUUCACCAAGACAGCUGUCAUCCGACGGGAUAUUAACAAAGAUGGGGUAUCAAAGCUGUGUUUACAGCGUUAAAACAUCAUCAUUGAAAUGAGAGGAUAAUGUCUGUUUACUGUCUCAUUGUUGAGACGUGUAACCGUGAGUUUUUUCAGACUAUAACAAUCCUUCAUCAUCUCUCACGAGCCAACGUCUCCUUUGAGUGACUGAAUGCAACUCACUCUUGUUGCGGAGAAGGGCAUUUCCGUUUCCAACCAUCAUGGCUUCUGUGAGCCUUUUCUCCAGUCCCCCUACCCCUGUUCUUGACAAAAACAUGACAGACUCUGAACUGGCAGGGGAUGAAAGGGAGGAUGGUGAAUUGGAAGAUGGCGAAAUUGAUGACGAAGGAAUCGGCAUUGAAGAGGAAGGGAAGGCCGCUAAGGAGGAGCAUGGAGAAAAAGAGAAGGAGAAAGACCGAGAGAAGGAGAAGGAGAAAGAGGAAAAAGCUCACAGGCACUCUCGGAAGAGGCAUCGCAGGUCAAAAGAAAAAUCUCAGAGGAGGUCGAAGAGAAGGCGGCGGGAAAGACAGAAACACCACUCUCCCUCCAGCAGCUCAAGCUCCGACAGCUACGACUCCGACUACGAGCGCCAAGAGAGGCCUAAGAGCAAGAAGAGCCAGGCAGCCUACCGCGACUACGACAGCCAGUUCUCACAGCAUGGGCGUGAAUCCAGCGGGGGUCAUGGGAAGCCACAGAGGCCAGCCCAGCACAAGAGCAGCGAUGUGGACAAGUACAGCGACUACAGCGACUACGAGGAGGAGGACGACUUCUCCGAGGAGCUGGUCCAGUACCGACACGCUAAAGGCUCCAACUCCCCUGGCCAGGGGAAGGGAGGGCCCAAGGACCAGGGCAAGAGGCAGAACAUGAAGGGCCUACAGAAACAGCAGUAUGGCGGCCAGAGAGGGCGUGGCAGAGGCGGCAUGGGUAGGGGGCGUGGCGGCGCCAUGCCCAAGAACAAGAAGCAGAAGGCCAAGAACUGGGGGCGCGGGAAAGGCCGUGGGGCAGAGCUGGGCGUGGAAGGCCCCAAAGCAAUGAGACACCCUCCUCUUGGCUCUGAGGAGGGGAAAGGGGUUGCUGGCUUCCAGAAGAAACGGCCCAUCAUGACCCAGGAGUUCAUCAACCAACACACGGUGGAACACAACGGCAGAUACAUCUGCAAAUACUUCCUGGAGGGUCGCUGCAUCAAAGGCGACCAGUGCAAGUUCGAUCACGAACACGUUGUUCCUGAUAAGAAGAAGGAGCUGUGCAAGUUCUAUCUCCAGGGUUACUGCAGCAAGGGAGAGAACUGCAUCUAUAUGCACAAGGAGUUCCCUUGCAAGUUCUUCCACACAGGGGCCAAGUGCUACCAGGGAGACAACUGCAAAUUCUCCCAUGAUGCUUUGAAUGACGUGACUCAGGAACUCUUCGAUAAGAUCGUCAACACGGAGGAGGACAAUGCAGACGAGGACGAGCUGGAACUGGAGGACCUGCGGAAGCAAGGCAUCGCCCCCCUGCCCAAACCGCCCCCUGGCGUGGGUCUGCUCCCCACGCCUGGCGCCAGCAGCCCCCAGGGGGGCAACCAGGAGGGCAACCAAGGGGGCAACCAAGGGGGCAACCAGGGCGGCAACCAAGGCGGCAACCAAGGCGGCAACCAAGGCGGCAACCAGGGCUGUAACCAGGGGGGCAACCAAAUGGGCAACCAAAUGGGCAACCAAGGCGGCAACCAAGGGGGCAACCAAGGCGGCAACCAGGGGUGUAACCAGGGCGGCAAAAAGAUCCCCUCUCUGUUUGAGAUCAAAGUGCAGCCCACCAUGGACCUGGCGCAGAAGAUCGGCCUCGGCAACCGGCCAGCUUUCUACAACAACAACUCCCCCAACGGAGGGCCGCCCCAAUUCGGCGGGGGUCCUGAGGAUGGCCAGGCUGGCAUGAUGCCCCCAGGCCCUAACGCCCCUCCCCCGCCUCAGCCGGGGUCGCCCCCAGGCUCCAUGGGUGGGCCUCCUCCAGGCUCAAUGGGGGGUCCUCCUCCCAUGCCGCACGUGGGUGGUCCUGGGCCUCCACCCAACCCCCAGCAGCCUCCGCCAGGGUUUGGGCAGGGCCCUCCUAUGCCCCCCCCCGGGCCUCCGGGCCAGCCGCCGCCGCCAUCAUUCCUGGGGAACAUGCCCCACAUGAACCGCCCCAACCAGGGGCCUCCCAUGAUGCCGCCGGGGGGUCCGUUCCCCCCCAUGUGUGACAUGCCAAUGCAGCAGCAGCAGAACAUGCCCUUCCCCCCGAUGGGCCAGAACCCCGCCGAGUUCUUCAACACAUUCUUCAACAACCAGAACACCGGCCCAGGAGAUGACAGCCACGCAGCUCAGCAGCAGCAGCAGCAGGCCGGCCCUGAUGCGCAGGCCUCCAUGCAGGGCUUCCUGCCAGCUGUGCAGAAGGCCCUGUUCCUCCACCUCACCCAGGGGCAGCCCCCGCCACCGCAACAGCAGCAACAGCAGCAGCAUCAUCCACAGCAGCAGCAGCAGCAUCCACAACAGCAGCAUCAUCAACAGCAACAUCCACAGCAGCAUCAUCCACAGCAGCAUCAUCCACAACAGCAGCAUCAUCCGUUUCAACAACAGCUCCAGCAGCAGCAGUUUCAUCUGCAGGCCGAGCCCCCGAGGCCAGAGGGACAGGGCCCUGGGCCAGCCAGCAGGGACAGAGACGAGACGACGAAUUGGUACUCCAGUGACGAGGAGGACGGCGGCGGGAGCGUGUCGUCCAUCCUGAAGUCUCUGAAGAAACAGAACGAGAUGCUCAAGAGCCAGCAGAGCCAGCCGCAGGUCCAGCCCAAGCCCCCCCAGGCCCCCCUGAGCGACCCCCGGCUGCAGAAGGGGCCCCCGAGCGACCCCCGCGUUAAAGCGGACCCGCGGCAGCGCAACGCGGAUCCCCGCAAGUCGGACUCCGAGCCCAACCACGACCCCCGGCUGUCCCGGGACCCCCGCAAGCUGAAGCCCGCGGAGCCGGCGCCCUCGAAGCCCGACGCGCACCGCCACCCCAGCGUGGCCCACAAGCCGCCCGCGGGCGAGGACGACGAGGAGGGCGAGAGGGAGCUGCGUGAGCGGGCGGUGCUGAUCCCCCUGGAGCCCAGCCCCACGGGCGUGCUGCGCGACCCCCGCUGCCAGCUCAAGCAGUUCAGCCACAUCCGCGUGGACAUCCUGCUGCAGCGGCCCUCCUUCGCCCACGCCGUGGUCUGGGCGCCCGAGGACCUCAUCCCGCUGCUGCUGCCCAAGCAGGAGCCCUCCAUCAACCUGCCGCUGCCGCCGCUCAUCGCCAACGCCCAGCUCAACCGCACUCUGAACGCCAUGCCCGAUCCGCACCUGUCCCCGACGCUGUCCGCGCCGCCCGACCCGCGGCUGGCAGCCGCCCGUCUGAAGGAAGGGGUGGGUAGGGUGGGCGCCGGCAGGCCGGGUCUGGAGGGCAAGGCGGGCGUGGAGAAGCCACUGGACCCGCGGACUCACAAGGACCCCCGCAUCAGCCGCUCCUCCAGCCUGGACGCCUCCAAGCCCCCCGCGCUCAAGGACUCCUCGGGGGGAAGCGCGGCCCUGGACCCCCGGCUACUGAGAGGCACCGUUGGAGCGCCGGGCUCUUCGCCGGUGGCCAGCGCAGCUGUGGUAGCCGAGCCCGAUAAGCUGCCCCCCUACGCCCAACGCCUGGCGGCCAACUCCAGCGGAGGCCUGGAGAGCCCCACGACCCUCCUGGGGGGCAUCAGCCUGUACGACCCCCGCAGUCAGACCUCCCAGCCUCCCAAGCCCGCCGAGGACUCCGAGCCGCCCAGGAAGACGAGCAUCCUCAAGCAGCCAGGGAAGCACAGUAGCAGCAGCAGCCCCCCCCCACCCCAGCUCUCGCCCCCGCACCGCUUGGCGUCCGAGGGAAAGACUUCCGACAGCCCCUCGGACGGCUGCGCUGGCGGCCGCGGCUCCAACUCCACUGCUGUAGGUUCAGAGAAGGCAGCUUCCCCCACCACCACCACCACCAGCGCCGCCGCCCCCAGCCCCCCUACUCCAGCCCCGGCCCCCGCUCUCCACAACUUUCCCAUCCAGGCCCUCACCGGCCUCAUCCGCUCGCCCUACAAUGACCCGCGACAGGCCAAGCCCCCUAGUGUAGUCGUGGCAGGGCCAGUGGAGGAGGCCGAGAAGAAGGAGAAGGAGGAGGUGAAGGACAGUGAAGAAAAGAUGGAGGAAGAGGAGAAGGACCAGCAGCCGCAGCAGGAGGAAGAUGAGGAGGAGGAGGAUGACAGACCACUAAAGGACGUGUUUAAGACGUUUGACCCGACCGCCUCACCCUUCUUUCAGUGAACAGUCCUGAGGCCCUCCGGCUCCCUCUGCUGGUGAACUCUGUACAUAGCAGAACAUUCAUUGAUUGACACCACCUUCCCCCCACACAUGGCAAUCGUAGUUGUAUCUUUUUUCAAAUUGACAUAUUUAUUUAUUUUAUAUUGUACAUAUUCGUUCUCAUAUUAUGAUCUCUUUCUGGCAUCCCUAGUUCUUUGUAGUGGUGGGGGGGGCAUCUAUCCACGUUCACUUGCUAAAACUUCUACCAAUCAUGUGCUAGUGUUGAUUGAGUUGCUGAUGAUUUCAUCGUAACAGAAUGACAUCCCAAUGCCACUUUUAAAAAAAAAUUCCACAGACUUUGAAAAUCAAAUUCAAACAUUUGAUUACAUUUUUUUUUUCUCAUUUAAAACAAUAUGAUUUUUGUGUGGGUCAGAAAGGUUAGUGAUCUUCCUGUGGUAGGCGUAUGUAACAGCUAGUUUGGUAAUAACAAUUAGUUGAUUUGUUGAUUCGUUCUCACUCAGUUAGCCAUGGAGCUAACUGGAAAUAAGUUUAUUGUGCAGGAUCGCAUUUAAAAAAAUACAGUAAUUCCAUAAGCUUUUACCAGUACGUGUGUGUGCUGAUUUAAAUGAUCGUUGGAACCAUUUAAAAUGUGGCCCUAUAUGUCAUUCUGUUACUGGGAAGCUGCCCAUGAACAGUUCUGCUUCAUGGCUCAAUUCUGUAACUGUUAAAAUAUGGUGCGUUAUUGAUUAUAUUGAAAUGGAGAGAGGUUCAGACUUAAUUUAUAUACGUCUGUAGGAAUACGAAAAAGGUUACACUAUAAAUGAUUACUUUUGCAAAGAGAUGUAUGGUAAGUUAGGUGUUAUUGUAUUCAUUUUAUAUGAUGGUGUGAACAAAAUAAAGUUUCACAUUAAAUAUAGUGACAGACUUUUUUAAUAAAAUAAUAAAAUCCAGUUAAGCUUCAUAUUCUGAUGCUAUAAGUAUAUCAUAAGAGCCGCUAACCUUUUAUCCCCUUGGUUGUGUUCUGUGUAUGGCAUUUGUGUUUCAGUUCAUGUAAGGUAUGACUGAGAAGAAUGUUUAAAUUGUUUUACAAGACAAAAAAAACAAAACAGUUGAAGGACAAUUGUUGACUUGUGUUGCUGUAAGGUGCUAUCUUAGUGGCGUUCUCUUUUUUUGUUGAUAAAUAUAGUUUUUUUGUUGGUUUUUUUAAAUACUGUAUGCUCAACUGUUAACUUGACUUUUAAAAAGCUUAUUUUCUAUCAUAAAUGCAGUGCUUUCCAGAAACUGUCCAAGUAAUUAAUGUAAUUUUGUUACUGCUGACAGAUGCCGUCAGAGAAAACACUCCAGAUGAGUUUAUGUGUGACCGUUCAUUGCCUUUUUAUUUUUUAUCCAUUGUCUUAAAUAAAGAAAAAUCUAUAUGGCUUCAGAAA